AGCCAGAAACGCGUAUCUUUUAUGCGGAUAAGCAUAUGCUUAAACAAAUUCAGCUACAAGGGACUUGAGCGUAUUGUCAUUAAAAUGAUAAAUAUUAAGAUAGGAUUGUUACGCAUCAAACAAGUUUUUCAUUCACAGUCCUAUACUGGAAAAUAAUCUUAAUAAAAAAUGCUUAAAAAUUUCAGAGUACAAGAGGCAAAGUGGAUUUUUAACCAUUUUUCAUUAAGAACAUUAAACAAUUGUUACAAAUAAUUAAUAAACUUUUUUCAGGUUGAAAUAAAGAAGCCACGGUUGGAAGUCACUCGUAAACGAAAUCCAAAGGAAAAAAGAAACAAUAAAGUGAUAAAGCCUUCCACUAAAGUAAAACCAGUGAUUCCCAAUUCCCAAUUACAAAAGGUUAAAAAGAUGACCAUGAAAACUUAUAAAAAUUGUCUUAAAAAACAACAUGAAACCGCAAUAAAGGCACUUGAAAACAAAAAAGCAACAAAAUCCACCGCUCAUCUGGGGAUUCAAAGGUCCCCGACCAAACAUAUUACCAUCACUGUCGAUAUUAAUUAUGUUGUUGGGAUGCUGCAGGCAAUGAAUAAAUUGGUCACAAGCUUUAAAUUAGUUAAAGACGUACCACAGCAGAGCAAAGAAGACCAAAACGAAACAUUGAAAGCAAAAUCCGUAGACACAAUUGGUGAAGAAAGCUGUCGCAGUGACGAUUCAAAUCGAUCUGGCGAUAAUGUUCUCAUAUCAAAUAAGUAUGUGAAUAUUGAAAACAAUAAACAGGAAGCCAUUGCUAAUGAGCAACCAGAACUUACAACUAAGAACAGCGAUACACAGGCAAAAAAUACUACUAACGAAGCUUCGUCAACAGAAAAUGAAAAAGAUAUGCAAGGAACCGUCAAAAAUUAUGAUACAAAGCAAGAUGAGACAACAAAUGUUACCAAGCAAGAGAAAAUACUGAGUGAAACUCAGAAGCAAGAUACAGUCAAAAAUACACCACUACAAAAAAAAGAUAACAAGAUGCAAUCAAACAAAGGAUCAAAUGAUCUGAAUGAUGAAAAUGAAUGGGUACCAAUUGGAAGCGGUAAAACUUUCAUACACAAGGAAAAAUUUAGAAAAGUGAAAUGGACAUCUUACACUAUCGCCACUAGAUCUUUAUUGCUGGCUCUUUUUCCAAGAAGAACAUUAGCCACACAUUCUUUGACAGGAAAGAAAUCACCGGCCUUUCAGAACAAACCGGCUAAGAUGUGCUUGGAUCCUAAAAAAAUAUCAGAUAUAAUUAUUGAAGUCAUGGACAGAUUUGACGUCAAAGAAAAUCUAGUCAGGAGUAUAAUAACAACUAAAUGUGCUGACGAAAGUAAAAUGUUUAGAACCAGAAUGGAGAAGAUGAAAAAAGCAGUACCAAAGCAACAAAAUAUAAAGAAGCAAAACGAGUGUGACAAAGAAAAUAAUUAAACUGUAUAUAAUAAUAUUAUGUAAUUGAUUAAUUAUAUUGCUAUUAAUAUACUAUUAAAAUGAUUUGUGAUUUAAUAUAAGAAUAAUUUGUAAUAAACAUUAAAUUUAAAAAAAAAUCUUGUUUUAAAUAUCAUCGCUGAUAGUGAAUGGUCACAAAUAUGAUGGGUAUAUGUUAGUUUCUCAGAUU